AUGAGUUCCUCACUACAGAGCACACCGAAUAAUCAGAGUCAUCGGAGCGAUCCGAGUGAUGCGGCUCCAGACGCUGGGCCAACAGAUCUGAAGAAAAUACUACGCGAAAGACAGCUGGCUCGCAAUCGUAAAGCCUGUUUACCUUGCCGGGAGAGAAAGGUCCGCUGCAACCAUCAACAACCUUGUCAAACCUGCCUUAAACGCGGUCAUGCCGAUCUCUGUUUUUAUAACCAGGCUCCAGAGCCAAGGAGCCCUAGCCGAGAAGUCACUCAAGUCAACCAACCAGCUACAGAUCUGGAUCAUAGCAACAAUAACAACACAUUCUCAGCAAACCCCACCAGCCACAGCAAUAGCCCAUCAAUCCCAACUCCAUUCUUACUUGGCGGCAACUCCAUCAUCUCGGUAGCACGACCAAACAGCGCCCAGCCCCAGUCAGACAAUGAGCGUUAUGCCGCUUUCGAAACAGGAAUUUUCCCCUUACUGGGUAUGAAUGAGGCCUCUACUAGCGAACAAAGUCCUCGACCUGCACGACCAGAUUUAAAGCUCGCCGACGACCAAGAAAUGAUAACUCUCUUUAGCUUCUACAGGGAUCGAGUUCACCCUUUCCAAUUCGUCAUUGACGAUCUUGCUGAGAUAGAAGAGCUUGUCUGCUCACUUAUCAACCGCGAUACGGAAGUAGGGCAAGUAGACAAUCAUAGCCUCUGCUUACUCCAUGCCAUUCUGGCAGCUGGAGCGCAAUUCUCUGACAUGAACACUGCCGCACGAGUGCGCAAGUCUCGAGAGGAAUUGCAGUCAGCGUUGGGACGUCUCGGGUCAUUUGACUUAUUAUGGAAUCCAUCAAAGAGGCUUAUUCAGGCAUUACUUAUUCUCGGGCACGUCCUGCAGAAUGAUAUGAACCCCCGUGCAGCUUGGAUCCUAGGAGGUACUACCGUUCGUCUAGCACUAUCUAUUGGCCUUCAUCAGCCUGCAACAAUGCCAAAUACCCUCCGCCUCAUGCCUGCUGAGUCACAACAUCUGAGACUCGCUAUAGUCUGGCAAGACGCUCUUCUCUCUUUGGCUUUUGAUCGACCGCCAGCUUCCCAAGAGAUGAACCUGGAAUCAGAUCUCCCAAAGAUAUUUCCAAAUGCUCUUCCCAGCCAAAUUUUGAACUACCGGCAGGCCAUGAAUUGGCUAUGUUAUCUUACGCUUCGACAUUUACGAAAUUCUUCAGCAGGACCCUUUUUGGAGCAUUAUACUGUCUUUUUUCAAGACUUCCGCAACUUGGAGGCUUCUCUAGCUCCUCAUUUGGAAGCACACCAGAAAUGCACCUCUAUCCAAGAGCUCCAGGAACAUUACAGCUUGAAGCUCCAUCGAAAUUUUGUGCUAUCUACCUUCAGUCGACCGAUUCUUUCAACAAAGACAAGGGAGUCCUGUUCUGACGAAGACUACUCACGGAUCUUGGGUCGGUUUCAAACUGCUUUGAAAGAAAGUGUGCGAGCAUUUAUCAAGCUGCGUUCAAUAUCGAGCCAUGCUACUUCGUCAUGGGCAUUCGUCCAUAAUGGACUCUCCUCUGCAUUGCUGUUGAGCUUUAUAAGACAAGGUUCUGAACCGGAUGUAACGCGACAGAUUCAAACUGAAUUGAUGCAGACUUUGAGUGAGCGUAGCGAGGAGGUGGGACAAUUUUCCAUCGCUCAUAAAAAGGCUCUGAUGGCAAUUCAGGCUCUUCAGGGAUUAGCGGAACAAGACGCAAGCAGAGUCCAACCGUUAGGUUCUUCAAAUGAGCGUCAGUCUACAAUGGAUAUCCCCUUUGACCCGUUAGAUGCCUCCCAGGAACAAAGUAUGCUCAGUAUGGACGAAUGGCUUCGCACCUUUGACUUUAACACUUUUUCUCCCUCAGAAUCAUACAAUUUCAUUAUGUCGGACCAGGUGCCGCUAGAUACAAAUUUUUAG